AUGGUGCGCAAUUUUUGGUUGCCCGAUUUUCCAUGGUGCCCGAUGCGAUCUUCACAACGCAGUCGGAAGGCCUGGCGUCUGGGCGGUCGAUGCGGUCGCCGUACGGUGGCACUGGCUCUCCUGCUUGGCUGGCUACGCGCUGAGCGAAGCAGAAGUUUCUUCGGCCCAGCGCAAGAUCCGGGUAGGAGAGAGCUCAGACGUGAAUAUAGUGGUCGCGGCAUCGACAGGUUGGUCUUGCCACUCUCUUGUGGUGGUAACCUCUUUGUUCGCGGCCACGCGGCGUCUGAACAGCAGGUGCCUGACGGCUGGCCCUUGGGCAGCUUCCAGGAGUGGCGCAGCUUGAUCUUUGAGCCAAGCGCCGAGCAGGACGCUGGACCGCCUUUCAUUCAGUCCAUCUCCAAGGUCACCUGCUGCCCUGAUGGUACUUGGCUACCAGAGGCAGACCCUCAGGUCUUAGCCCUGAACUAUCCCAAGACCUUAAGCGCCGCCGUGGCCUGCGCUGUGCGCACAAUCCAAGCGCCUGAGCCGCGGAUCCUGGUCAUCGGCCUGGGUUCCGGCUCGGUGCCGUUGUGGUUGGCAGAUCAGUUCCCAAAGAGCCAGGUGGACGUGGUGGAGUUGGAGGGCACAGUGAUCCGUGCGGCCUCCGAAGUCUUGGGUUUCCCGAUUCUCGUGCCGGGCCUAGGCGAGCAGAAGAUGUCGCCCCUGAGACGGAAAUUGGCGAAUCGUUUGAAAGCCAUCGAGGGUGACGGUGCUGCGCUGGCUGAGCACUGGGCCUUGGCCGGACGUCGCUAUGAUGCUGUCUUGAUCGACGCCUACGACUCGCUGAACCGCGUCCCGGCGUCCCUCUGGCAGGACACAGGGCCGCUGGUCCGGGCGCUGCCGCAGCUGCUGCAGCCGCGUGGGGUGGUGGCGGCCAACGUGCCGCCGGGAUUUCCCACUUCCACAAUGCUCCAAGCGUUUCAAGGAGCCCUGCGCGAUUCCGAUUCGACACCCCCCGCAUUGACCUUUGAGGUUCCCGAGACGAUGAACACCGUCGCUUUGGUUCUGCGGGGGAUCGAGGAGGAGGAACCUUUGUGGUCUUUGCGCCAGGAAGCGAAGAAGAUGAUGAAUGGUCGUGAGUGCUUGAUUGAUGUUGUAAGCCGACUUACCGACUGCAAGUGUCGCAGGAGCUGAAAA